CAUCUUUGACGAAGUAAAUGUAAAUAUAACUACCCCAAAAGGUGUCACUGAAAGUGGAACCAACGGGUAUCUAGGCACGAGAAAUGGACGAGCUUAACUCGCAUGACUAUUUGCAACCUAAGCGGACAUCUUCGGACCUCCGAGUCUCUCAUACACGUCAAGGCCUUGAAAGAUUUCGGGUGUAACGAAUCCCCUGAUGCCAUUGCGUGGUGUGUUCAUGCCGUUGCCUCUCUUAAGAAGGCCAUCGACAAGGCUUUUGGCAUGCUCUUCGCCGGAACGCCCGAUGCCGAGUUCAUAAAUCCUCUCGCAGUAAUUCCGAGCAGCAUCUUUUCCCUUUAGUCAUAGGAAAAGACAGAAUUCGCAUUUGUGAUAGGUCCGUAUGUAGCACCAGAACCUUUCAGAGCUCUGCUCAUGUGCCAUGUGUGCCUCAGAACUGGGGCUAGUGAAGCAGAGAAUCACUUUUCUGGCGCGAAUGGUUUACAGCGCAUUUAAUCCAGCAAGCUGAGUUACCAUUCUACCAUACUGAAUUCAAGAACGUCGAUUUCUUCUACAUCAGUAAGAUCGAGGAAGAUGUGCAUAUCAGCCGUCAUGUGUUCGAAAAGAAUGAUGCUGCGACUCCUUAUAAUGGUGUCGACAAUAUAGGAUCCUAGUGAUCCAUUGCUAAUCUGAAAUGGCCCAAGAAGAGCAACAAGGUCCUGUAUUUCAAUUUCAAGGGAGCAUAAUUGAUCCUGUUGAGGGCCCGAACAUAUAAACCUUUGGCUGUC